AAAUACCUAGCGAGAGCCAACACUGAUAGUAGUCGUGAUACAGACUGCCGUCCCCGGUCCAUACCAUCCUACAUGUGUUGUGCUCGGGAUUGCCAUGCAUGUUGCAAAACGAGCGAAAGCUGUUCGCGCCAGAGGACGGCAGGGAGCGCAGUCGGUCGUAGCCAAAGCGGCAGUGAAGAGCAGAACACCCAGACUUUGGUAGCUGAAACCGUACCCAGGCAGUCGGUGACUACUAGAAAUGUGACAGGAGCAGGCUUGGACCUGCCAGGUCCACAUGGAGGGCACCGAUCGAGCCAGAUCCAGCAGCUUGUUUGGCCGACAUAGUCAUCGCGUCAUGGCAUCAUUACAACAAGUCCAUGCCGACGAUACACCCCUUCAGUUGUCACCUUACAGCUACCACAAACAAAGAGGUUCGAGAUGGAGUCAGAGAUGCAACCGGUCUCGACAACCACAGCUGGACAGCGGUGUCCAGUAGAUGAUGAUGAAACACAGCGCGAUCAAGAUGUCCACGAGGAUUUUGACAUUUGAGAAGCAGCAGUUGGAACUUGGAAAGACCAAGAAUACGGUCAGUACAGUGUCAGUACACCUGGAGAAGAGGUGGGAUUGAAACAGAGCCGAGAUCGGGUCGAGCCGCCCACCCGAUCGCCGGCUGCAGAGGCGCAAAUGGGCGCCCCAGCAGUUGUAGCCAAUGAUCCAGCUGGAAGUCUAGUGAUAACCUUCAUAUGCCGACGUCAUGACAUACCAGAGAUGGGAAUGGGAUGUACCAAUACCGCCAUUGCCAGUGUUUGAUUCCUUUCUGCACGGAAAAAGAGACGUUUCCUGCUCGGUAGGACGGCACGGCCUGUCGCAACAUGCACGUGAAUGCCAGAAUGACUCGAAAGAUAGCUGUAGGCACCGGUGGUGCCGUCAAACAACUGUCGCGGCUGCUGGAUAUCGGAUUGAACUAAGUAACAACUGAGCAGAGAGGGAGACCAUAGCACGCCGAAGCGGUUUGGGACACUGUUGGAACAUCA